AAUGGGAGAGCAUGUACGGCAUUCAAGGACGGGGAUCCCUCGCCCACAUUGAUAACCCUUUUUGUUUAAGAGCCGUAUGAAUAACUCGAGUUCACAGCGACUCCUCUCUCAUCCGUUGGGUCCUGGAGUCCCUUUGUCAGACACUUACCUGCACUUUGUACCUAUCUUUCUGUAGCGUCUGGCACCUACGAACCUCGCCCUACACCCCACUAUCUGUAGCACAUAGUACCUUAAUACCCAAACCAUCAUCAGUUAGCAUCCAUUAUGGCAUCACAUACAUACCCUCCCCCUGAACCUCGCACCUUUGCACCCCCAACCAACAACACCCUUUCGUCGAAGGAGCGCUCUGCACUAGUGCGCUCGACCAAGAAGAUAGGACGCAUGCUCGGCGAUAUCCCGCGGUUUGUCGAUGAUAUUGAUGAUCAGUUCGUCAUGGUAACGCCUCCAAGACCACCCACUCCAGUUGAACCCUCCAAAGAAGACACAUGGAGGAAUCGUAAACCGACUCACCUUCCCCCGCUUAUGAAACUCUCUGGUGGCAUUGCCAUGGACUCUAACUCCCCGCCCAUGCCCCCACGUACUGCACCUGCACGGCGCCCUAGCAUCGUAUCAACUUCCUCUAGCAAAUCUUCUAUUCAAGAACAGCUUCUCACUCCAUCCAGGGAGGCUGCGCACAAGCGCAGCAAAAUGGAAAGGCUACGGAGGAGGCUAGGUGAAGAGGUUCCAGUAGAAGCCGUUUUCCCAUCCACCCCUGCCAGCCCGAGGACAGCCGUCCCACACACCGCGAUGCCCGAACGCUCGCAUAAUCAUAGCCGCUCGCGGCCUGUGCACCCAUCACACGACGACACUGUCACAUUCUCGAUAGAUCAUCACACUGUCGUCCUGAAAACAACCACACGAGCUAAUCAGGCUCACUCACCUCAUCGUUCCCACCAUCCGCAUAAAUCCGCACAUCGCCCGCCGCCAUUGCCUAUGACUGGGCUACCACCGUUGCUCAAGCCCAAGCAUCCCCGCAUCUCGGACGAGGCGGGCCUAUUGGGCGCGAGAGCAAAGACAGCGGCAGGCUCUAAAAUCGGCGGUGCGGAUUUCAAGGCCGCAAGACGCGCCAAACGGGACGGCUUCGGUGAAGUAGAGAUGGUUGGGUUCAUGGGUGGUUUUUAGGCCUUACUCUAGGCUCUUGACUCUUGAGCCUCUACCAUGUGCUCAUGGUGGAUAUAUGCAUAUACAGCGCGCUCGCAUGGAGCAAUUGUAUGCUUCGGGGAUCUUGAUGUUUCGGUAUGUUGAUGUAUGCGAGUCUAGGUAUGCCUUUAUGCCGUCUGUCUAUGCAAUCACUUUCUCUUCAUGACACUACGCACUGCAUACCAUUGGGCUGGACCCUGUACCAACUGAUACGUUGCCUUCCAUGAUGUUUCUUCUACAUUAUGUCAGUAGUUUUAAUAUUUGCACCUAGUUUUCCAGCACCUUCAAGUUACGAGUCGAAUGUACCAUGCACAUAUACUCUUGGCUACUAGGCAUUUGAUUGGAACCACUGGAGCAGUGGCAAGUGACGAUGUGGCUGUUAGCGUCUGGCCGACUGAACUUGAAGACCUUGC